AUCACCAAAAAAAUGUUUUGAUGAUUACUAGGCACUAUACAAAGAUAUAUUCAGCUACUUAUAGUCUCCACCUUGUAAUAAAGAACCAAAUAUUUUCAAGAUUUUGACUCAUUAUUCUUGAGCUAUGGAGAGAGGAGAAGCUAUGGAUGAAGAAGUGGAAGAGCAAAAGGGUCUACUUCAAUCUUCUUCUUCUUACAAGAAGAAGAAGGGUGGUCUUAAAACCAUGCCCUUUAUCAUUGUGAAUGAGUCAUUUGAGAGAUUGGCAAGCACAGGGCUGAUGCCAAACAUGAUCUUUUACUUGAUGAAUGAUUAUCACAUGGCAGCUGCAACUGGUUCUAUUUUGCUGCAGUCUUUUUCAGCUAUUUGUAAUGCUCUGGCCCUUUGUGGAGCUUUUGUGGCAGAUUCUUAUCUUGGUCGAUUUCGGGUCAUUGCUAUUGGAUCCAUAUCUAGCUUGCUGGGAAUGAUAGUUCUGUGGUUGACUGCCAUGUUUCCACAAGUCAAACCAACACCCUGUGAGCAGUACAGCAGCAACUGCGAACCUGCAACGGCAUUGCAGCUUGCUAUAUUGUACGCUUCAUUUGGCCUGAUUGCUAUUGGAGCUGGAUGUGUUAGACCUUGUUCUAUGGCCUUUGGAGCAGAUCAGCUUGACGACAAAGAAAAUCCCAACAAUGAGAGGACUAUUGCCAGCUUCUUUAAUUGGUACUAUGCUUCAACAGGGAUUGCGACAGUCCUUGCAUUAGUAGGCAUUGUGUAUAUCCAAGAACAGUUAGGUUGGCGGGUGGGAUUUGCUGUUCCUGCCAUCCUCAUGGUCUUUUCUGUUCUAAUGUUUGUACUGGGUUCUUCUCUCUAUGUCAGAAUCAAAAGUGGCAAUAGCUUGUUUACUGGAUUCUUUCAAAUAUUGGCGGCUUCUUUCAAAAAUAGAAAAAUUACUCUGUCUCCUAGUACCGACGAUAACUGCUACCAUCAAAGCCCUGAUAAGACGUUUCCUGGACCGACUGAGAACUUGAGGUUUUUAAAUAAAGCUUGUGUUAUUAGAGAUCCUGAUAGAGAUCUGAAACCUGAUGGCUCAGCCUCAGAUCCAUGGAGUCUUUGCACUGUGGAACAAGUCGAAUCAUUCAAAGUACUUCUCCGCAUUAUCCCAAUGUGGUUGUCGGGUAUCAUGCUCCUAGUAAGCAUUGACCAAAACUUUUCCACCCUCCAAGCAAAAAGCAUGAACCGACGUAUACUUUUCAAUAUUGAGUUCCCAGCUGGAUCCUUCAGUGUUGUAUUGGUUGUUACUAUUACAAUCUGGGUUGCCUUCUAUGAUCGUAUAGUUGUUCCUUUCUUAGCAAAAUAUGCAGGAAUGCCUAGCGGGAUUAGUCCAAAGAUCCGUAUGGGGAUCGGACUAGUAUUGUCAUUCAUAGCCUUGGGACAGGCAGGCAUAGUAGAAAAUAUACGUCGUGGAAAAGCUAUUGAAGAAGGGUUCGAUGAAAAUCCUGGUGGUGUUUUGGAAAUGUCUGCAAUGUGGUUAUUUCCUCAGUUUAUACUGCUCGGUUUGGCUGAGGCUUUUAAUGCUAUUGGACAGAUUGAGUUCUUCUAUUCCCAGCUCCCGAAAAGCAUGUCUAGUAUUGCUGUUGCUCUUUACACUUUUGGAAUGGCUCUGGCUAGCUUAUUGAGUGCCUUUCUCAUAAAAAUUGUCGAUAGCAUCACUUCUAGAGGAGGUAAUGUUAGCUGGCUCGCAACUAAUAUUAACCAGGGACAUUAUGAUUAUUUCUACUGGCUGAUAGCUAGUUUAAAUUUCCUCAACUUAUUCUAUUACCUAUAUUGCUGCUGGAGUUAUGGCUCUUUCAGCAGUAGGAAAAAUACCGAAGGCAUUGAGGAAGAAGAAGAGUCAUAUCACCGCAGGCACUGAGGUUUUUUUUCAAGUAUGUAAUGUCACGUUCAAAAAAAUUGCAGAAGUUUAACCUUCUGUACAAGUGAUUCUGCAAUUUCAGUUAUCUCCCUCCCUUCAGCUGUAGCUAUAUAGAGGAGUUCUUCUGACACCAUUAGAAGUUAAACUUAAUAAAAGAACAAGAUAUAUUAUCACA